AUGCCCACCCGUCAAGUAAAACGCCCCUACGCUGGCUCCCAAUCCCAAAUAACCUCCUAUUUCACCACGGGCUCUACAUCUCUCUCCACACCUCCCCCUCAAUGCAAACCCACUCUACCCCAUCCCAUCCAAUCUUCGCUCCUCACCGUCGGUAUGCGCAUUCGCAAAUCCGUCUCCGAAGGUUAUAAAACCGGUUCAUAUUCCGCUUUCAAUCUAUUUACGGACACCACACCUGCUACCAAAUCAAAAUUAUCUUCUGCAUCCCCUGUAUCGACACCUGCCUCAACGAAAUAUAAAGGAACCCGACCGCGAGCUGGGACUAAGGAACUUACACCUUUCUGCGGUCUAAUGAAGGUUGGCGGAUUGGGCGUACAGGGAUACAGCGAAUCGGGAGAGGCAAUUGAAGACGAAGAUGAAGAGGAAUAUGAGGAAGCAGUCUUAGGCAAUAGUCAGGAAGGCACGAUGAGUAAUGAUAGUGUUGGAAGUUAUGGGGGUGGUAAUGGAGCUAAGAGGCGAUUCAUUGAUGAAGAAGAGGAGGGUGGAAAUCCAUUUGGAGAGAUGGAAAACGAGGGAAGAGUCUUGAUGAACAUGGGUGAUAGAAGAACUGCGAUGCCGAUGUCGAGGAGAGGUUAUAAGAGUAACGGAAAUAAUAUGACCAUGGGAUUUGGCGGGGACGAGAAUGCGGACGUGGAUUUUGGAGAGGCCGACUUUUUGGAUUAUGGUUUAGUGGAAGAGACUCAUAUGGGCGGCGUUUAA